AUGAUGAUUAAAUCUGAUAGAUUGACUGAUGUCAAUAAAAUCAUAGAAUCGGAUCUCAGGAAUAUCAGAAGUUUAUUGUUUGGAGAAGACAAAGAAUUUGCCAAACAAGAAGAGAAAAAAUUAAAAAGGAAACUAAGCAAAAAUCAAAAACAAGAAAGACCUAAUAAAAAGAGAAACAUAGCCAAUUAUGAAGAUGAUGAUGAUGAUAAUUCAACAUCAACAGAUAACAUAAGCGAUAAGUCUGAUGAGGAAGUAGGGUGUCAGCAAAUACCAUCAGAAUCAAAUUGUAGGAAUCUAGAUCGUACAAAAACAACUUAUUGGAAAACCAUGCACAUAGUUGCUUUAGCAUUAAAGGCAGUUGGAAUCAACGUUGAUGAACUCACUUUGUCAACAAGCUCUCUUUACGGAUCUAGAAAAGCUAUACGACAAUCUAUCGGAAACAAAAACACAUUUUUGCCAAACACAUCUCUUGUGGUUCACUUUGAUGGAAAACUUUUACCUAAUUUUGAUGGUGUAAACAUAGAUUGCCUGCCAAUUGUGGUAUCAGGGAAAAAUGUAAAAAAACUGAUAGCUAUACCAAAGGUUGGCGGUACUGGCAUAAACAUAGGAACCACAAUAGUUCAGUUACUUCAGAAUUGGGAAGGCGUGUCAAAUUGGUUGGCUGGUUUGUGUUUUGACACAAGUUCUAAUACUGGCAUUCAUACUGGUGCUAUAACAAUAAUUCAGAAAUCCUUUAAUAAACAUUUCUUGUUUUUAGCAUGCAGGCAUCAUAUUUUUAAAAUUAUUGGAACAGCUUUAUUUGAUUUAUUUUUCACUUUGUCUGGCCCUCAAAUUGCUAUUUUUAAUAGAUUUAAAGAUCAAUGGCCAUCAAUUAAUCAGUUAAAAUAUGCAUCGAUUGAAAAGGUAACAACUGAUUGUUCUUUGACUAAUGAUGAAAAUUUGUGGCUAAAGCAAAAUCGUGUAGCUAUGAUUGAUUUUCUUCAAGACCAACUGCAAAAUACUCAACCUCGACAUGGCUACUUGCAAUUGAUUAGGCUUUCUCUCAUAACUCUUGGAGUUUCAGAUCCUACUGCUGUACAAGUCACUCCUCCAGGAGCUUAUCACAGGGCUCGCUGGAUGGCCAAAGGAAUUUAUUGUUUGAAGAUUUUUUGCUUUCGUGAUCAACUGAAGUUAACUGCACGUGAGCUACAAGCAUUAAAGAGACUUUGUCUCUUUACUGUAACUGUAUAUGUAAAGGCAUGGUUUUGUGCAGCAGACAGCUGUAGUGCUCCUUACAAUGAUUUAUGUCUUCUUCAAACUCAGGAAUUAUUUGAAAAAGUUGAUUGCAAAGUUGGAAAAGAAGCAAUGGAAAAAAUUAAAAGGAAUCUUUGGUAUCUAAGCGAAGAUCUUGUUGGAAUGACAUUUGUUUCUAAUUUGGUUAAUGUCGAUGAGAAAAGGCUUAUGGUUAAAGCAUUACAUAAACCAGCUAAAAAAAUGAUAUUUGGCGACUCAGUAACUGAAGUGCCAAAAGCCAUUGCGAGCAACAACUUUCCACUCUGUGACUUAAUUUUCGUUGACGGAGGACAUACGUAUUCUGUGGCAAGAGAAGAUAUAUUGAACUUCGCUCGCCAUUCCAGUCCCGACGCCAUCAUCAUAUUUGACGACUACCCGACGGACUGGGGCCAACCAUUCGGUGAGGCGUGGGAAGAAAUGCUGAUAUGUGAAAAUGAAUCUGGCAAGGCCGCUAGCAGUGGCGUAGCGAAGAAAUUUGUUGUCUUGGGGCUAAAAGCUUUUCAAAAGUUCGAUGAUAUUCCAAAAACAUCAAAAAACUCCAACGGCAGAGUGACAGGCGAAAAAAAGAAAUACGUGAAAAUUGUGGAGCUAUUGAGGUGUGCACACAAGGACUUGCACAGGGGAUUUGUGAUUGGCAGAAUGGUUUUGCACUGAUCGACUGAAUUGUUUUAACUCGGUGGUUGCCAAACGAAAUUUAUUAUCAAUCGAUGUUUUCAUGAAUAUUUCCGUUUUUAUAUUAUUAAUAUUUAUUGCAAAUUAAUUUUUUAUAUCUGCGAGUUUAAGUUAAUUUAUAACUUAUAAAAAAACCAAUCUUGCCGAUUUGCCAUCCAAAUAUCAAUUAGUUUAUUUUAUUUUUUAAUUUUAUUUUAAAUAUUUUAAUCAGUUAGCUAGAAUUUGCCAGGAUUUGCGGUCGUAUGUAUUUCAACCAAUUUGUUGUGUUCUAAGUUGAUGUUGAUUCUAAGAGUAUUUUUAUUGUUUUAUUCACUACAUUAUUGAAUAAAAUAUUGAUAACUAAA